AACGAAAGCGGCUUUUUUGAGGUUAUUUUUGCGCAAAGGAGACAUUGCAAAAACUUUUGAAACACUUGGCGGUCGUCGUAAUUUGCUAAAAUUGUUGUUUGUUUCUUUUAUAAUUACAUAAAUAUUGUUAAAAAAUAUGGCUGCUACUUUUUCAUUUGCUAACAUUGCCAAAGAAUUGCAGGAUGUUAAGGAGGAAGGUGUAACAUUUGAAGAUAAGCAACUAACUUGGGAUACGGCUGAGGAUGUCAAGGAUGUCGUCUCAGCUUUGGAAACACAAAAGGUGGUCCAUUAUCUAAAAUUGGAUGGCAAUACUUUGGGUAUAGAUGCGGCUGCAGCCAUUGGUAAGGCUUUGGAAAAACAUCCAGAAUUUCGCAAGGCCUUGUGGAAGAAUAUGUUUACGCGACGUUUAAAGACUGAAAUUCCUCAAGCUUUAAAGCAUUUGGGCAGUGGGCUCAUGGUAGCGCAGGCUCAGCUCACAGUAUUGGAUCUUAGCGAUAAUGCUUUGGGUCCCAAUGGCAUGGUGGGGCUAGAAGACCUUUUAAGAUCCAAAGUCUGCUAUACACUGCAAGAGCUACAUUUGAACAAUUGUGGUUUGGGCAUUGGUGGUGGACAAAUGUUAUCAAAGGCUCUGUUGGACUGUCAUCGCACCAGCACGGCGGCUGGUACGCCUUUGAAAUUGAAGGUUUUUAUAACAGGUCGAAAUCGUUUGGAGAAUGAUGGUGCCAAAGCAAUAGCAAAAAUAUUUUCCACCAUUAAGACUUUAGAAGAGAUUGCUAUGCCACAAAAUUCCAUCUAUCACGAUGGGAUAGCUGCCUUGGCCGAGGGAUUUAAAAAGAAUCCCAACUUGAGGGUGUUGAAUUUGAAUGAUAACACAGUGACCAGCAAGGGAGCUCAGCAUUUAGCGGAGGCAUUUAGUUUUACACCACAUCUUCGUGAAAUAAAUUUCGGUGACUGCUUGCUAAAAACCAAUGGAGCCUAUCAUUUUGCCGAGGCUUUAGAAGAAUCUCAUCUCGAAUUAGAGGUGGUUGAUUUAGGCUUCAAUGAAAUUUGUGCCGAUGGUGGUUUGGUCUUGGCCACUGCCAUGCAUAAUAAACCUCAUCUUAAAAGACUAAAUCUGGAUGGCAAUCAGUUUGGCUAUGAAGGUCGCAUGCGUAUAAAAGAGGCCAUGGAGUCAUCCCCUAAUCCCAAUGCUUUAGAUGAAAUGGAGGAAGAUCAAUCUGAAGGUGAACAAGACGAAGAUGAGGAGGUUGAUGAUGACGACGAGGAGGAGGAUGAAGACGAUGAUACUGUUGAUGAGGAAAUCGAUGAAGAGGAUGAUAUUUAUGGUGAACAUCAUAAUGAUACCACUGAAGAAGCCGAUGAAGAUGACUAUGCAGAAAAUGCUGCCGAGGAGACAGCCUACACCACCACACAAGCCUUUACCUCAAAAAUGCUAAAUGCCAAUGAGUCAUUUGCCUCCAAUAAAAGUGUAACAUUUGCCGAGAAUACCACCACCAUAGCUGGGUCCACAGCAGAAACCUUUUGUCUCAGUCAAAAGCCAUGUAGCCUGCAAAUGUUUGAAUCCCUUAUCGAAGCGGACAAGCUGGAAGCCUUUAAAGGUGUUAUAGAGCAAUUUAAUGAUGACAACUAUUUGCUAUUACUCAUCUUUACUACCCUAAAAUGUGGUCAUUUGGCACAAUCCUCUCCCGUUGCUCUAGAUUUGGCCAUGUCUUUGUAUAAGGAAUGCAUUGAUUAUGCUGUAAAAACCAAACAAGAGCGUAGAGUUCUAAAUUAUAUACUACAACAAUUGGGUUUAUUGCGCAGCGAGUUGAAAUUUCAAUCUUUGUAUAAUAUAAAAUCAUGCCGUUAUGCUUUAAGAGAAACCUUGUACAAGAAACCCUUAGCCAGUGAACAUAUGAAGAAUACCUUUAAGGUAUUUCUAGAUCAAUUGGAUGUUUAAGUAUGUAUACUAACACUAGUAAGUAAGCAAACAUCUUGUCUCAUCAUCGACAUUCCCCCAUCUGCCAAGGUUCAUGACUACUACAUUUUGAUAAUUUUUUAUUUUGUU